CACCGCCAUCCAGUGGCUAGUGCAACAUCUCUGUUUCUGGUUUGAGUCACUGGUCUGCCUUCCGACAGAGACAAAACAUGUCACGUACGUAACGGUUUGAAUUAGCUGUUAAUUUCACAAGUUGUGGAUCACCUGCUAUAUGAUUCCCGUCGUGUUGUUGGCCAACAACCCAGAAAGAUGCCACAGAAAACACUGGGAUCCAUUGUAGGUCUGCUUUGCACCGGGACCUGUUUGGUACAGGGUAAGGAGUUCUGUUUUGGAGUGAACAAUGAGCAAUACCGGUGUGAGAUGGGGUACUGCUGCGGUGAGACGGAGUGCUGCACCUACUACUACGAGCUGUGGUGGUUCUGGCUGGUGUGGACCCUCAUCAUAAUGCUGAGUUGCUGCUGUGCCUACCGUCACCGCCGGGUCAAGAUGCGGCUGCAGCAGGAGCAGCGCCAGCGUGAAAUCAGCCUUAUGGCCUACCAGGGUGCUUCUAGCGCCUUCAUUUCCCCUCCACCCCUCAACCUGAGGUUCUGGACAGACUGCAAGCUUCCUGACUAUGAAGAGGUGGUGGGUCAUCCCCCGACUCCCCCUCCGCCUUACUCCGAGAUUCCCCCAGAGACCACCACUGCCAUCAUGCUGCCCUCCAUCCAAUCAGAAGUGGUCUUGAUGCUGGAGCCCUCAACAGAGGACGCGCCAAGAGAGGAGCAGACCGCCAAUUCGCCAUCAGACCAAGAAGCCGCGUCUGUUUCCAGCCAAUCAGAGCGACCAGUGGAGGUGGACCCUGAAUGCCCAUUGGAGGAGCUGCUGACCCGGCGCAGGCACGUGACAGGCGACUCAGGGAUUGAGGUGUGUGUUUGCCAACUAGAUGAGGGCUCUGGGCCGGAGGAGGACGAGGAGCUGAUGUGUCAGGGGGCCACGGGGGACUGCUGCUCUGCCUCUGAUCACCACCAUACCCUCAGACACAAAGCGAGAACCCCUGAGCCCCAACCUCAGGGUCAGACCACCAGCACCGGAGACCGCCUGGUCUGAGCUCCACCACCUACCAUCCCAGAGGCUGCUGUUGCUGCCCAAUCUGUGCUUUAGGGAGGGAGACCCAGGAGAGCUCUUGUCAUUGUCAUCAUAACAAUAACUCCGACACCACCAGCAAAUGAAAUGCCCCACAAUAACUCACCAAAUUAACCAGGUUGUCCUGUUUAACAUCCUUCUCAGUUAUGAUCCAUAUAAUGAUGACAAAAAGAAAAGCUCUUAUUUGAGAAAUAUGAUUUUUUUUUAGUGGCUAAUGGCUUAAUUGUUUAAUACACAUGGUCCCUCUGCUUUGUUUAGUUCUUAACAUGGGGAUGAUGAGGAAGAAUGUUAAGUCUUCCUGGAUGGGGGAGGGGCUAAAACCUCUAGAGACCACCAGGUGGUAAGAAGAGGUGUUGACGCUGGCACAGAAUUGACUACAUCUACCCACCCCCACUGUCUGGCCUGGACAUUUUCUUCUGGUCCUUCUAACAUUUCACCAACGUGGGGACAGGACAGUAUACCGCAACAGUCACCAACCCACAGGCCUCUAGGCCCCAGCACAUAAGGGUCAAAAUAGGAAAAUAAUGCUUCAAGACACAAUCCUGACCUGAGGGGACUGAACAAGGUGUACGGACUGUGACAAAAGGAACUUGUUUUGUUUUUGUAAGGGCGUGUACUGUGUAAUCUAGGAGACAGCUGCAAAGUGAUGUCACCCCUGAGUCAUCUUAGGCUGUGCCUGGUUUCUUCGCGGAGUGACGGCAGGGCUAUUUGCAUCUAGAGAAGAGGCUGGGAAGGGGAAGUGAAGCUGUGCCUGUCUCUCUUAUAGGCUCUCCAUCUCUGGACUGUGUCCCAGUAACAUCAGACUCCUCCCCCUGAAUCCCACCGCUUCCCAUCCCUCGUGACUCCACCAGUACUCCGGUCAACACUUGUCCAGACUGAAAUGUAUUGAAUGGACUGGAACAGACGUUUUGAUGUGCGACCAAGUUCUGUCUGUGGCCAUGUGAACUCAAGACUGUAAGCUGUGACAUUAUCCCAUCGCUGUGCCUGCAACUUGGUGUCUAUAAAAAGCCUUGCGGUGGUCGACUGUGUCCCCCAGCCCGCCAGUGAUAUUACCAGGGAUACUGAAGGUUCAGCUCUCUAGUACUUUGCUCCUUUAUCAUUAUCUUGUCAUUGUAUUACUUCUCUCUAAAACCAGCUUUGGCUGAGGCCACUAUUACCCACAUUAAUAGCAACACAGCUCUACCAAGGUGCUGCUGUGGGUGUAUUGUGUGUUUUAUAGGAUGUGUAGAGGAGUAGUCUUAUUUAGGGUAGCCACAAAGUGCCCUGGCCCCUGGUGUAAUGCACUCAACUAACCAGGCUUUAGACCACUUUUAUAAACAAUGCACUAGGAUAUUGCAUGGAAGGCAUGAGUCAUUUGUUUUUGUCUGUGUGUAGGUAGUGUGUUCUGAUUCGUUGUGUCUGCAACAUAUAGCGACACACUCCUAGGCCAUUGGCCCCAAGCUGGCACUGAUGAAUCGGCGGUUGCUGUUUUGAUCCAGCAACAGCCAGAGCCUGAGUGACGCAGCUUCACCACGAGUCUCCUGUUCGUGUGGGGCUCAGACUGAGUGAACCAAGGUUUUAAGUAUAAACACUCUGUACCUAGUUUCAUCAUGUUAUGACUGCACUGGGCCUGCAGUGUGCUGUUGCUUACACCCUUGGCUUGCGGUGGUGUGAACCCUGUAGGAGCAAUGCUAGAGAUUUGUGGUGGUGUUUUCCAUUCAGUGGGGGUGGCUUUGCUGUGUGUGUAUUGUUAGCAUAGCUGCACACAGAUGAACUGCAUGUACUGUUGUGCGUCGCUUGCCGACGCGGAGUUGUAGAAUCGGGUGUGGAGUGCAUGUGAUCUUACUGUGCAGUUCCACCUUGAAGAAGAAGCACCACACAAGUCCAGCUGCUUUUUUGGGGGCGUUUAAAUGGCAGUGAUGUUUUAUUAUUUAGGGUAUUGAUUUGCCUUCAUACAGCACUGAUCAAUUAGGUUAUGGACUGAUGCACUGUUAACAUCUAAUGAAAAAGGAAAUUGACACAGAUUUAUUCUGAAUAUCUAUCCAUAAAUAUGUAGGAUCUUAAUUUGAUCACUCUCUUGCAGGAGAACCUUCCUGCAAUUCAGGAAAUGUAAAACAUUUGUUGCAUUUGAGAUUUUAACAUUCAAAAGGCACUCAAACAUGUGAGUUAUCUUUGUUGCAGGUGCAUGGUAACAGUUGAGGAAAAAUAAGAAACCUGCACACUGCUCUGGCUAGUAUCACUGCGCUGGCUAGUAUCACUGCUCUUUGUUAAGCUUUAUGCAUCAGCCUUAAGGCCUUCUUUUGUACUAUAAACUUUAAUAGAAUACUUAUGAAAUGCACAUUGUUAUAUUUGGUGACACGUUUAUUUUCCCUCGACUCCAACCCCAUUCGAUGCAUCGUACUGGGUGGAGUGGAGCAAUGUCUACAGAAGGGUGCAAAUUAAAAAUACAAAAGCUCUGGGGGGAAAAAUGCCUUGAGGCAGAUAUGUAAAGCUUAGUAAAGAGCAGUGGUACUUUUUAUUUUCCCCCCUCGUGUAUUUGAGACUUAAAAAGGAUUCUGCAGUUAUGUCAUUUUCACUUUGAAAUUUCAGACAUGAUUGUAUCAACCCCUACAAAAAUGUCUAUGAAUUAUAUUUCCUGUUGCUGCAUGAUUAUUUUCCUGCUGUAGCAAACUGGCUCAAAUGUAAGUUCCUACAUCUAAGUUGUCUGUCUUCAACAGUGUGAAGCCUUGAUGCUGUAAAAGUAACGUUUUAAAAGUCGUAGAGCAUAGUCAUGCACACACACUCCUGUUCUCAUUCUCACAUUAGGACAUGUUUGUGAUAAGACACCUUAAGCUGCCUUGGUAGGUUGCUAGGGAACAGACAUGAGGAUCGAGCUGCAGAAGGCCUAUGAAGAGACUCUGUUUAGAGGUCAUUCUGAGGCAUAGGGAAAUGCCUUACUACGGUCAGUUGAAGUUGGGUACAGGUAGACUAGAUGUGUUUUAGGCUUCUGUAUUUGAUGAGUAGGUGGUUAUAUUUCAGACCUAUGCUUUUUGAAGAUGGAAAAAAGGUUUGAGCAUGUCUCCCCCCCCCCCGGUAGUCCAGAGUCGUCCUUUAUACAAAUGGAGUCUGAAGUGUAAGCGUCUGACAUGUAUUGGUCAGCUCAACUUGUUGUUCUAGGAUGUGGUAAACUCAGAGUGAAACCACAAGACAAGAUCAUGACUCCUAUAUGUUGCAGAAACUGUGGCCUGUAGAAUAGGCAACAUUUAUUAGUCAGAAAACGUAUGAGAAAAUCCGUUAUCUGUGGUCAUGUAGAAUUUUCUUCUUAGGUACCCCUAUUUUGCUUAGAUUUAAAAAAUAAAAAUAAAAAGUUUAUUAGUUUGAUAUUUUAACUGACCUGAAAGCAUGUUGAAUUAGUAAAUGGGAGAAAAAAAAUGUACAUGAAUACUUGUUUUGUUUUCUUGUGAUUCAUAGUUUUUUUUUGUAAAAUGUAGAGGCUAAAGUGCAUUCAUUUUGAUGCAGUAUAGAUGAAGGUAAUGGACAUUGAAAAGGUGUUUUCUUGUUUUUGAAAUGAGGAUAAUGGGGACCCAUGGAUUCAGUCCCAUUGCUUACUGGGCAAGAUAAUUGCCAAACAAACGUAUUUGGCUUUCACGUGUUUACCUAGAUAAAGGGCUAUCAGUCAAUCAUGGACAAACAUCCUUCCAUUCAUCUGUUCUGUAAUUUUCCGCUUUGCCUACAGUUGUAAUAUCUGAACAUAAUUGUUUGGACAUCUUUUCUGUAGUAAAUAAUAGGCUAUUUGUAAAAAAAAAUUAUAUUGAUAUUUUCUUUUGGUUUCAAUGUUCAGAAGCUUGUAUCUCUCUCUCUUUUCCUCUCAAGCUCCCCACCUGGUCCACAUGGCCUCUCUGGUAUACCAGCAAAGAGGGCACAAGCUAGGUCCAGUGGCAGGUUGGGUAUAUGGUCCCUGGUGAGGUAACUAUCCCCAGGUGUGAUGAUUUGGGCGGGGGGGGGGCUUGAGUCAUGGCUCAUUGCAUAAACCUCUGAAUCAUGAGGAACCCCUCCCCCUCCAGGGGGCCCAAACAUGGUCACAGAGAGUGCGUGACAACCCUCACCAAUGUUGGUCUUUUUUGAGGCAGGGUUCUUGCCCACGCAUGUACUGCAGGCACAGUGCACAAUUUAUAUUUUGAGAUUGUUUGCCAGUACCAAACAAUUACUGUACUCAAACCCACAUGUGACGUCUCACUUGCAUAUGCAUACUGUCCUAUUGUCAUGAAUAGAAAACAUGCUGUUUUUUAUGGACAUCUGUAUUUGACACUGAUCAGAAAUCUACUAUUGGCACCAGUGCCAUCAGUUGUAAUUUACCUUGCUCACUAGGCCAAAGCUCUGUCAUUGUAGAAUAUCAUCCUCCUUUCACCCGACGUGUUCCUCUUCAUUUCAGCGACACACGCCUCUGUAAUAUACUGUACCUGACUAGGCUAUGCAAAAACAUAAACCCACUGAUGUAUGCUGCAAUAACUCCUGUCUGUAGUUGCCAGUACAAGCAAUAUUUCUGUCACACUGUACCUCAGUUGGUAUGUGUAAUGUCUUUGUUUAAAAAAAUAUAUAUAUAUAUAACAAAAAUUCAUGGUUAUUAUUGCUACUAUGUCAUUUGUGUGUAUGCUUUAAAAGUAAAUGUUUAUCUACAUGUUACCUCUUGGUGUGUGGGGAGUGGAGAAAAUAUGAAGCCAUUCUAGUAAAUUCUUUAGUGGAUAGUGGAUAGAAUGUUUUGCUCUCAUUCUAAUUAGUUAAGUAUAUUACUCUUGCUUUUAUCAUUAUGGGGGGGUACAUCUGUUUUGGUUGUUAAAGUAGUGUUUUGAAUGCUUUUUGUGGGAUAAAUGCCAUUUAAUCUUUCCUCAGACAAACAUUUAUUCUGUUUGCUCUGGGUACUUUUGCCACUGGUCCAUCCCUUGUGUGUUGCCCUGUCAUGGCGCAUUGGGUGUCUUUGUAAACCGCAGCACGUCUGUCUGUUUUUAGUAUUUGAGGCAUUUUCAAUGACUAAAUAGUAAUAAGGUCUUGUCUUUUUCUCCUUGAUUGCCCAACCUUUUGAUAUAGAUAGCGACCUGUAUAAAGUAUGGAAGCCAAUAUAACCCAAUGCUAGAUGGCAGAGUGACGACACCUCAGCUAGCCCAGAAGAUUUUAAAUUUUUACAUGGUCUCACUUAGGGGUGGGUUGCACUUGAAUUAUACAACACUAAGGCAACAAUGUACUCGCCCCAUAAUCAAGGAUGCUCUGUUACCCACUUGUAACCCAGAUGUUUCUUGCAUUUCUCCCUCAACCAUAGUUGGAUAAUGUCAAACGGAUGUUGAUUCGUGUGGGAAGACUUUUCCAAAACAGCACAAAUACCCACGCUUGAAAAGGAAGCGGUUGUCCAGAAGCGCAUACCCCUUUCAUUAUCACCUAGAACAAGCCAAACAAAUAGGGGAAUGCACUGAAAUGUGUGGUACAUUUGAAUGCUUUGGUUUAGUGGGGGUCUGCUGUGUACUCUAGGGGUCAUUUGUAUUUUAUUUUUUAUAAUAAAACAAACCUUGGCACUCAA